AUGCAGCUGUCAAUUGUUGUUGCAGCACUUAUUGGUGUUGUUUAUGCAUUACCUCGGCGAGAUGACCGCAUCGUGGGCGGGAGCCCUGCGCCCAUCGAAAUGUAUCCUUUCAUGGCAAGCAUGCAGAUCACUUGGGUGGAAGGCCACUAUGCCCAUGUCUGCGGUGGCUCACUCAUUACAACAACAGCCGUGCUGUCUGCUACUCAUUGUUUUAUACUAGUUCCUAAUGCGAUACAAUGGCGCGCACGGCUUGGCUCCGCCUUGAAUUCUGCAGGCGGCGCCCACCAUGCGGUCUCGCACUUCAACUUGCAUCCUGAUUAUGUGCCUGUAUUGUGGUUAAACGACGUGGCCAUAGUCAGGCUAGUAGCACCCGCGAUACUGUCGAAUACAAUCCAAGUGGCGAGGAUAGCAGGGCCUAACUACCCUCUGCCUGACAACCUAAGAUUGUACGUAGCUGGAUGGGGAGCUACAUUCUCUGGAGACCAUGAAGGUUCAGAAACACUUCUUCACACAUACGUCCAUAUAAUCAAUCAAGAGCUCUGCGCUAAGCGAUACGAUGAACUUCGGGCCCAACCUGGUAUGGAGUUAAUGGCCCAUGUGACACCUGAAAUGUUCUGCGCCGGACUCCUCGACGUAGGUGGUCAGGACGCUUGUCAGGGCGACUCGGGGGGCCCUGUCGUGGACUGGGGUGACGUCAUCGUCGGCGUCACAUCCUGGGGGUACGAUUGUGCUCAUCCUCACUACCCGGGCGUCAGCGCUCGGGUUCCGUCCUACACCCAGUGGAUAGUUGAUAACGCGGUGGCAUAA